AUGAAUCCUGAUCCCGCCUUCGCCAGCUGUCGCGUGCCGCAGGAAAGCGACGACGCGAACGACAAUGACGACGCCGAGGACGACGACGAAGCGGAGCAGGACACGCGGGGAAGAGACGGCGCAGGGGGGAGCAACAGCAGGGGCGAGAGGGAGAUGGGCGCGCGGAAAGAGCAGGGGGGGGGGGAGGGAAGGGGGCAUGGGGAAGAAGCGGAGGGCGGCGGGGGAGGGGCGGCGGAGUGGAGCAGCGCGAGCGAGUGUAGCAGCGAGUGCAGCGACGGCGACGGCAGCGUCGCCAUCCAGUUCUCCGACUCCGACGACGACCCCGACCCGGGGGACGACGACGCGCAGUGCGCGCCGUGGCGGGGCGCGGAUAGCGCGCAGGCCGGGCGCGGAGGGGAGGUGCCGUGGUGGCAGUGGGGGAGCAGCGGAAAUGGCAGGUUUGGGGUAGGCGCGCCAGGGCGGGGGAAGGCGGGGGCUGGGAGGGGAAGGGGGAGAGGCGCGGGAGGGGUGGGCGGAAGUUGGGGCGCGGUCAUGGGGGGACCGGGGAAGCCCGCGGUUCCUCCGCCUCGCCUCGUGGGGUCGGGCAAGCGCGCGUGGAUCCGCAUCGUGGAGAACGAGUACCUGCACCGCCGCCCCAAGCUGCAGCGCACCGACGAGGUGCUGGUGUGCCAGUGCGUGCCGCCGCCGCCCGGGCGGCGAGAGAAGGGGUGCGGGGAGUCGUGUCUGAACCGCCUGGUCAGCAUCGAGUGCCAGCCCAAGCUCUGCCCAUGCGGCGCUGCCUGCGCCAACCAGCAGUUCCAGCAGCGGCGGUACGUGAAGGUGGAGAUAGCCCGCUACGGCCGCAAGGGGUACGGCGUGCGGGCGCGGCAGGCGGUGGCAGCGGGGCAGUUCAUAGUGGAGUACGUGGGGGAGGUGCUCAACCGCAAGGCGUUUGCUGUGCGCCUGGAGGAGUACAGGCGCGCCAAGCAGCGCCACUACUACUUCAUGACCCUCAACAACAGCGAGGCGGAGGGGGCAGCGGGGCAGUUCAUAGUGGAGUACGUGGGGGAGGUGCUCAACUGCAAGGCGUUUGCCGUGCGCCUGGAGGAGUACAGGCGCGCCAAGCAGCGCCACUACUACUUCAUGACGCUCAACAACAGCGAGGCGCGCCAAGCAGCGCCACUACUACUUCAUGACGCUCAACAACAGCGAGGUACAGCCCGCGCCCCUACUAUUUGA